AUGAGAAAAGACAGAAAGGAAGAUUUAUAUGAGAGAAAAAGAAAAUACCUCAGGUUCAUCAGCUGGAGCGAGACGCUGCCUCCCGAAGCUGGGACCUGGAUAGCCGCAGGGUUCACUUGGACCUCGCUCGGCGGUCCAAAAUAAACCUCCUGCUCGAAGGGCCAAACGGCAGCCACAGGAAUGUCGACCUUGAACUCGC